AUGGACUACAUGGUCUACUUUAAUAUUUUUGGAUGGGUUUUUCUUCCUAUGUUGGUUAUUUUGGCUUUAUAUAUUGAAGUGUUCUAUCUAAUCAGAAAACAUAUCAGAAAAAACAUUUCAAAUACUGGAAGCAGGGGACUCUUCUAUGGCAAGGAAUACAAAACUGCAAAAUCCCUUGCCCUGGUUUUUUUGCUGUUUGCAAUCAGCUGGUUGCCUUUGUCUAUUCUUAAUUGUUAUAUUUACUUUACUGAAGGCACUCAACGUUCCAAUGCAUUUAAGUGGUUCAUAUAUAUAGCCAUACUGCUGUCCCAUGCUAACUCAGCAAUGAAUCCCAUUGUCUAUGCUUUCAAAAUAAAGAAAUUUAAAGAAUCAUAUUCCCAAAUUAUAAGAACAUAUAUCCUGCACAAAGUGAGAUUGACUGAAAGUUCGAGUGCGGAGCACACGUUGGAUGACAUAUCUCAAGACUGUGUCGAAUGA